AUGCCGUCAUUGAACAAUUCGUUUGUGGGUGGGGCCGCACAACACGCGCGCGUCGAUGAGUCUGUAAGCAUAUGGAAGAUACUUAAGCGUAUUAUCCUGAUAACCGUCCCGCUCAGUUUUGCGCAGCUUGCACAGUUCUCCAUCAAUGUUUCUAUGAUUGCCGUCGUUGGGAGGUUGGGUGUAAAUGAGUUGGGUGGUGCCUCGAUUGCGUACGGCCUUAUUAAUGCCACGGCAUUUGCCUUUGCCGCCGGGUUUUGUGGGGCACUGGAGACGGUGCUUUCCCACACCUACGGCCGAGAUCCCAAGAGUAAGUUGUACGGCGUGUACACGCAACGUAUGUUUCUCUUGCUGAUGAUUGUUGGCCUUCUGCUCUCUCCAGUCAUCUUGUUCAGUGACCGCAUUCUGCUGUUCUUUGGUCAAAAUCCUGACGUGAUCGUCUUUAUAGGGCAGUUCUGUCGCAUUUGCGUGUGGGGGAUUCUCCCAAGUAUGAUGCUGGAGUUGCUUCGACGCUACUUUGCUUGCCAGCACCUAUCCACUCCCCUCUCUGUGAAUCUGGUGCUGGGGGCCGUGCUCUUUCCGUUUCUACUCAUAGGAUGCGUCCAUCUUUGGGGGUUUGUUGGCGCCCCGGUCGGUUGGUGCAUUCUCAUGGUGUUGAUGUCGGGAGGUCUCCUGGUCUACCUCAUGGUGACGAAAAAGUACAAGGAUACCUGGGGCGGCUGGGACGACGCCGCCUACAGGAAUUGGGGCCCACUUCUCAAGCUCGCUCUUCCUUCUAUGGGAAUGAUGUUGAGUGAAUGGGUCUCGCUGGAGAUAAACAAUAUUUUUUCCGGCUUUGGCACACGGGAGGAACUCGCCGCAUAUGGCAUUUCGUUUCAGUUGUCUAGUGUGUGUUGGGCCGCAACCUCUGGCGCCUUUAUUGCGGGCUCGGUGCUGGUAGGAAAUGCCAUUGGCGAGGGGAAGCCCAUGCUGGCGCGUCGUAUGGCAUUUUCUUGUGCAGGCGUGGGCGUUUGCAUCGCGCUGCUGAACCUGUGUGUGGUGUUCCUCGUCCGGAAUCUCUUUCCCUACUUGUUCACGGACGAUGCCAAGGUGGUCAAAAUAUUUCACGUACUACUCCCCUAUUUUGUUGUCUACCACGUCUUUGACGCCUUUCAGAGCUGCGUGAUGGGCAUCCUGCGGGGGUGCGGGAUGCAGAAGCUGGGCGCAAUUAUGGUUCUCAUGGUCUACUCCAUCGUGGGCGUCCCCCUGGGCGUGGUCAUCUUUCUUAAAACCAACUUCGGCGUCCAGGCACUCUGGCUUGGACCCGCCGUUGGCGUGGUGGGGGUGGGGUUCCCGGCGUACAUGUACCUGCUGCUGCGCCACAUCAAGUGGGCGUCGCUGAAGCCGCACACGGACAAACAGGAGUUGACCAACGUUAUCCCAGAGGAGGACGUCGACAGUGUCGUUAUCUGCAACAGCAGCUCGAGCGUGAGCCUCGACGCCCUCGAGGCGGAGGAGGACGAGAAGCGGAAAAGGACGGACGACGCGGCGCAGGAGAAUACAGUGGCGACGCCCGCAAAGUCGCAGGACCAUAGCCAGCUCCCGACCGCAGACGCGAGUAACUUGUGCCAGCCGCCGCAAGGGAAAGACCGGGGCGACACGGAGUAG